AUGCUCUAUCAAAAUCCAAUCUUUUACAAACAGGUCUUGAAUGCUCUAUCAAAAUCCAAUCUUUUACAAACAGGUCUUCUACAGGGAGCUGCCACAAUCGGCACUUUUUUCAAUGUCGUUAUCAAUGACAUAGCUGAAUUGGUACAGGCAGUCACGGGCAUCAAGUGCUUAAUUUAUGCAGAUGACCUUGUUCUAUGGUAUUCCGCUUCCAAGAACAACGCUCCGGAGAAGAAAGAAAGUGCCCUAAAUUGUGCCCUUAAAUUACUAGCUAACUGGUGCGGCAACAAUGGAAUAGUAAUCAACAUCACGAAAACUGAAUUUCAAGCUUUUUAUUUGGCCCGUCACAGUGUAGACAUGCUUCUUAGAUACAAGAAUGCUACCCUAGAAAAAACCAAUGAGUUCACAUAUCUCGGAAUGAGGUUUGACACUAAGCUAACGUGGAAAAGUCACUUUGCUAAAAUACCAGAACGAGUCUCCAAUACACUGCACGUUUUGAAGCGACUUGCUGGUAGCGUAUAUGGCUGUGGACGCUCAACUCUCAUCUCAACUUAG